UUCCCUGGGUUCCGCCCAGCAAGCUCUGCCCCUUUUUUGCCCGGGGGCCGAAGUCCUGCUCGCUUCCCUACUACCAUUCCCCUGUCUGGUCGGGGCAAAGCCGAUCGGAUAGCCGGCAGUCUGUCACGGGGCGAAGAACGGGAACCACGUUAACCGGUUUGCCCGACGCACCACGACGUUUCCGAUCCACUCGCUUUUUUAUCCAGCCGACGGCCGCGGACACUGCCUCCGAGGCCUGCGACUUUUCCAAUCUUCCUUUCAACCAACGAAUUCCAGUUUCGAAUCAUCGAACCGUCGGUGAACGCAAGUGAAGUGUGCACAUUGGACAGAGAGAGACUCGAUAUUUGAGAAAAAGAUAACCGCGUCGUUCGUCGAACUCGCCGAAGAACAGCAGACAGGAUUCCGCGAAUUGACGAGUAUAGACGUUGAUACGCGUCAACGAGAUGUUGACUGACAUGACACCGGCUGCGGCUGGCCAACUUUAUCCGCAGCUACAGUCGAUCGCCAAGUCACCGGUGCACGGACAUGUGGAUCAUCCGGGUUUACGAGGUACACCGUUGGCGAUGCUCGCGGCUCAGUGCAACAAAUUGAGCAGCAAGAGUCCACCGCCUUUGGCCGACGCAGCGGUGGGCAAAGGUUUCCAUCCGUGGAAGAAGAGUCCGCAGAGCAGUGGCAGCUCGCCGCAGCACUCCGCUGGAAGCGGAGGAGGUGGAUGCACAACGACCGGAGUCAGUCAAAGACCGGCGGCGACGAGCAGCGCCGGCAGCACGACCGGCGGCUACGCGAGAGCGCCGGUGACUUCCUGCGCGUCGACCGCGCCUCAAUACGGCAGCGACCUGUACUUUCCUGGAACAGCGAGCGCCCAACCGGCCGGCGAUCCGCAUCAUCAUCAAAGCAGCCUGCUCGGAAAGGUCGAGGGAGCGACCUUGGGCUCGGUGUACGGCCGACAUCCGUACGAGUCGUGGCCGUUCAACGCGAUGCCGGGCGCGACACACGGCGGUAUCAAAGCGAGCGACGGUUGGUGGGACGUUCACGGGGCCGCGACAGCCGGCGGAUGGCUGGACGUAGGCAGCACGGUCGGCGUCGGUGUGCAUGCCGCGCAAAUGGCCAACUACUCGGCCGACUACUCGACGAGCCUAGCGCUCGCGGGCAAUCAUUUGCUGACCACCGCGACCACCGCCGGCCACAAUCUCCUUCAAGACACGUACAAAUCGAUGUUGCCGGGAGGCCCUCCCGGGUUCGGGCUCCACCAUCACGCGGCCGCGACGGCGAGCGCGAGCGCCGGUGCCGGUAGCCCUCAGGGGAGCGGCGGCGGCGUCGGCGUUGGGGCAGGCGGCGUUAGCCAAGCCCCGUCGCCGCGCUCCCAAAGACGCUACACCGGACGUGCGACCUGCGACUGUCCGAAUUGUCAAGAAGCCGAGAGACUCGGUCCGGCCGGCGUACAUCUCAGGAAGAAGAACAUCCAUAGCUGUCACAUACCCGGCUGCGGUAAGGUCUACGGGAAAACGUCGCAUCUGAAGGCCCACUUACGGUGGCACACUGCGGCACCUUCGAACCCACACCGGCGAAAAGAGAUUCGCCUGCCCGGUCUGCAACAAGCGGUUCAUGCGCAGCGACCAUCUCGCGAAGCACGUCAAGACCCACAGCAGCAGCAGCAGCAGCAGCGGCAGCAAGGGCAAGGGGGGAGCGGGGAGCUCGUCAGCCGAGUCCUGCUCAGACAGCGAGGACAACGGGAGUCAGCAGAGUCCCACUUCCAGCUCGGUGCCGCCGCAGCCGCAGCCGCCGCCGCCGCCGCAGCAGCAGCAGCAGCAGCCACCGCAGCAACCGGCCCAACCGGCUCAGGCCCAGCACCAGCAGCAGCAGCAGCAGCAGCAGCAGCAGGCUCUGGUGGCGGCGGCGGCGGCGGCAGCGGCAGCGGCAGCGGCGGUGGCGGCGGGCCAGGACACCACCAACAACACCACAUCCCAGACCACCACCACCACCAGUCUCGGCCAUCAGCCGACAACGCCCAUGACCCCAAUACAGAUGACCCCUCCACCUCUGACCCCACACCAUCCCCACCACCCGCAUCUCCCUCCUCUAAUGCACCAUCCGCAUCAUCACGCAACCUCCGUCCCGGCGGCGGCCCACCACCCGCACGCGGGGAUGAGCAUGCACUGAGCCCGGUGGGGCCCGGAGCCGGUGCCUGCAGUUCCGCUGCCGCAACGGCCCUGGGCUCCCCCCUAUCCUACCCCCUCAACCUGAACCUCGUCCAGAAUCACGCCGCUGCUCACCAGACCAUCGCUCACCAUCAUGCCACCUCCAGCUCUGCCUCCGCAAACACCGCUCCUACCCAUCACCAACACCAGAACCAUCAUCACCAUCACCAUCAUCACCACCAUCACCAUCAACACCAACACCAACAGCAACAGCACUCGCGUCAAAGUAAUUCCUAUUCCGUGCAACAGAAUCCUGGCACGCCGGGGACCGCGCAGACUCCCUCACCCUCGUCCCCCGCGCCUGUACAUAGUCUCUAGGUUGACGCGUCGCCACUCUACUACUAAGCCCUUCGUUCCAUCGGCCGCCCAUUCUCUACCGCCCCUGCUACCUGUAUUUUCCCUCUCGGUAGAUCGGGCAGCGAUCCUCUCGAACGGUGCUUCGACUAAACGACGCUCGUUCCCCCCGACCUUUCGACUUUUCACGCUGUUCAUCGAAUCCGAUUUCAUUCGAUUCUUCGUCUUUCCGCUCGAACGAGUCUCUCUCUGUACAGUCGCGAUCGCUGCCUCGUCCACCGAUUCUCUUCUUCUCUCUCCCUCGUCCCCUUUUGCCCACAGUUCGAGCCUUCACCCACGCACCCGAGAUACUUACCGACUCUCCGUUACUUGUAAAUACUUAUACAUAGCGCGUGAGAAAGAUAUUAUAUUAAUUAUGCGGUGUAAUGUUAAGCGGUGUAAAAAAAAUUCUAUAUAACGCACUGUCGUCCUGUAUCAUACACUGAUACGUUCGUAGACACACACCCAUACACACACGCCUGCACACACACAUACACACCUACACACAGCCACGUACACACAUACACACGCGCAGAACAAUUAAAGAAAAUGCAUGAAAGACGUGUUGGGCGCGUGUCGUAUCGUUCUCGUGUUUGUCUUCAACCCCCCCUAGAAUUUUGGGGGGCGUGCGAUCAGAAAACUGACUCAACGAACGUCGCGCGUACGAUUCUCGAAUCGUACAGCAUUCACAGAAUUUGCUCCGAGCAGGUUCCAAACGU